AUAAUAUCCCAAAAAAUACUUGUAUAAGAGCCACGCGUCCAUUGGGAUGCUCUGAUUUUUUUAUUUUGAUUUUAAAAAACCGUAUCCCCAAGUUAUAAACUCUAUGCCUACGCCAAAUAAAACGCGAAAUAAAAAACUUCCCAGUGAGAUAAACUGGUUAAGAAAUAGUAAAAGCGAGAUCUCUCACUUUAGUUUCUUUGAUUUUUUCAAGACUUACACCAAAAGACGAGCACAAAUUCGAUUCUUAGAUGUCAUUAAAUAUGUAGAAGAUCAAGAAAAACAAGCAAAAAUACUUAACAGCUACAACAAAUGGCGCAAAACCAAGGAAGCAGCAAAUUACUGGAAACAAAGAGAUCAGGCGAACAACGGUGAAGCAAAUGAUGAUGAUGUCGCUGCAACUCCAAACCCCAGUUUAACAAGCUCCGAUACAUUGGAAACAACGGAGACUGUGGAAUCAAUAACCUUGGACGAAGCCAAAAAAAUUAUUUCCAAGGGUCUUCAAAUUAACGAUGGCAACACAGACGAUAACUAUCAAGAUAUUUCGAUUUCAUUGACCCGAUUUAAGCGGACUGUAUUGGAGUCGUUGUCAACAUCACUUUUAACAUUUGAAAGUCACUUACAGCAUCUUCUUGCUCUCUCCAAUGUCCUUCUUAUUGGAAAAAAGAGUCACCAUACAGAUUUGGAGCGUCACUUCACUUCCACAACAGAUUGUAUCAGGAAACGUAUAUACAAUUCUCUUAAAUUUAAGGGUACGGACCAUAAAUUCCCCACGAAUAUUAUGAUGGCGCUCAUAUCAAUUGUUAACUGCCUGAAUUGUGGAACAUCGAAGAUAGAUACGGUGACUAAAAUUCUAACAUUAACAAGCGACAACACUGAUCCCAUCGUCACAAAAUUGCUCUCAUGUGUCAAAUCGAUGAUUGAAGCACUCCCAUUUGAGAACCAAACAGAAGAAAUCCAAGAGUUUGAGUUAUGCACCAGAUAUCUCCAACCACUUUUUCAACCACUUUUUGACAGUGGUGAUGAUAAGAUUAUCUUCAAAUGGACUAAUACUAUUGGAUUGAACGAUAACUUAAUAAAAAGUCGACCAGAUGGAUGCAUAAAAAAUUUUCAAAAAUCAAUCGGGUUUAUCGAAGUAAAACCAAUUGACAAGGCAAAGAAUCACAGAGAAAUCAACGUUGAUUUGCAUCGUUUAGGUAUCUUUUCUAAAGAGGGAACAACCCAAUACAAGUUGAAGCACACAUUUGCAGUAAUGGCGAUUGGCACAAACGUAAAAUUUUACUUAAGUGAGCCAGUUGGUAAUGUGCUUGCUAUGGUUGAAUUGGAUACUAUUCGCCUUCCAUUAUCACUAGAUGAACUGCCUCAAUUUGUUCCUUAUCUUGAUCGCUUAUACAAUGUUAUGGAAGCAAUUUUUAAUUGUUGUUAUAAUGAAUCAAAUGUAAGUGAAAAUUGUGACUUUGGUGUUUCAUUAGAGCCUCGAGUCAUAAAAGCGAUUACCGAGCGAUCAGUAGACAGAACUCGGGUGAAUUGUUUUUACUCAUAUUACCAUUAAUUCGUAACUUAUACCGAUUGCUUUAUUCAAAUGUAUGUGUAAUGUAAAACAUUGUUUCAAUGACGAAUAAAAAUUUCAGCUAAAGUUAAAUUUCGUUUGCUUUGCUUUUUAAUAUGAAAUACAAGUAUUUCGAAAUAUCAUUCUUUCGCUAUGACGAUGGAAAUGAGAUGUUGACAGAUGAAAAUUAAAAUGGAGUUAUUGAGUACCAGAUGGAGGUUGACAAUAUGAUCUUCUAUUCUAUUAUUUUCCUUUCUGUACCGCUAAGCUCACAAAUUGAAAUGGU